UGAUACCUGAUCCUGUGGAAAUGCGUGAGCGUGGUCAAGCAGAGAACAUCCUCUACGAAAAUCCUAACGAUGCUGGCCAAGGUGAAGGAGCGGAUAACUAUGCAGCUCCAGGCGAAGUGAAUCGUGAGCGCAUGAGCACUGCGUACGCCUCCGACGGACCCGAAGCCUAUGCUCAGCCAGAACCCAUGGAGACUUUCGCAGCUGCUCCGCCACCUGCUGUGGAAGAGAGCGAUGGAGCUCUGUAUGCCAUGCCGGAGGCACCCAGAUACACCCCAGCGCCCGCUCCACCUCAACCGACACCAGCCGAUACAGACAACACAUAUGACAUGAUGAAAAGACCCCCACUUCAAUCCAAACCUGGACCUAAAACUGCUGAAACCCAACCAGACGUGAAUGUGGCUGAUGGUGGAGACACGUAUGCCUGUCUCAAGAAGGACGAGAUCACCAGGGAGGUACGACCACAACCCGCACCCAAGCCACUGGGCAUGAGCCGUGAAGACCUACAGCUGGAAGAAGACAUUGAUGACCUGGAAGCACAACUGAACUUUUCUAGCAGUAAGCCAUCCAAGCCCAAGAAGCCACAGAAGCCGACUGCGGCCAAGAAGAAGGAGCCGGAGCAAGAUCUGUACGGUGUACCAUGCAAGGCCAAAUCCGACCCCGCCAAAAGCAGUGAAGACCUCACAGUUGACGCUGGCCCACAGGUGCAGACUCAGAUUUCAUCUGCUGACAUCCAGCUUCUAGCGACGAUCAAAUCCGGUGCCGUCACUUCUCUACACACAGGAAACUGGAAACAGAAGGAUGGAGGAGCCAUGGUGAAGGUUGUUGCCAAGAAGUUGAUUACAACCACUGCCAAGAAGGCGCGGGCUGACCUGCGUCAAGAAGCUCGCACCCUGGGUCGUUUCUUCCAUCGCAACGUUGUAGAGCUGUAUGGUGUUGUGGAUGAGAAGCGUCAGCUUAUGUUGGUGAUGGAAGCCUUCCAAGGAACGCUGGCUGAUUAUCUUCCCACCAUGGGAAAGAAUGACCCCUCCUGCACUACUCAGUUCAUGAUGUUCAUCAAGGACAUUGCUGCCGGAAUGCAGCACAUCUCAGAGCUCAACCACGUCCAUAAGAAUCUCUCAAGCGCAGUCGUGUAUCUGAGUGCAAACCAGACGUGCAAGAUUGGUGGCUUCGACAUUGUGGAUCAAGACCUUGGUGAAUACGUGAACAAGGAGGUUGUUGCUCAGAUGGCUUUCACCGCGCCAGAGGCUCUGGACAAGAACGAUUUCACUACGGCCAGCGACGUGUGGAGCUUCGCCUUUGUCAUCACGGAGGUGUUCACAUUCGGAGCUCAGCCAAAGGAGGACAUGAUGUCGGGAAAGAUAUUGGGACAGAGCAAGGUGAUUUAUCGUCCACAGCAGCCCACGCUUUGCCCGGACGCACUCCACAUGCUGCAGGAGCAAUGCUGGGACAGCAUCUCUUCCAACCGUCCGAAUUUCAAAGCCAUCAUUGAGCUUCUUGACUCAAUCUGACCCUGCAGCCGCGGUUCAACUGCUAACAGCAAUACAAUCGCAGUACAAGCUAAACACAGUCUCCCCACCAAGUAAUGUUACUGGACAACAUGAUGCAUUCUAAGCUUGGAUUCUCUAUCCUUUUUUUGUUUUGAUUUUAUCGUUCUCUAUUUUCAAUUUUCGUUGUUUUCGAUCUUCUUUGUUCGCAAUUUAAGUGUUUUCAAUCUGCUUUUCAAAAUCUUCUUUGUAUUGUAUUCCAUUUUUUGCUCUCAAUCUGCAUUUUUGGUGUGGCACCUUGCCUUCAUAAUGUUACAUUUUCAUUGCCUGCAGCUUGGGCUUCAACAGGCCACCCUAUGCAUAAUGCACCUUGCCCAUGCCUAUCCCUAAUUUCGCAUGCCAUUUCGGAUAUCACCGUGAUGCUGAUAUUGUGCAUGUACAUGUAGUAUGGCAAUGCCCUCUCGGUGCAUUUUUACGUGUACGACUCCUCUGAAUAAAUCUUUAAACAAUUAAACCAGAAAAAAAGCUAGCAAGCCUUCAUUUCCUUAGCAGCAACAAUUCUCCAGCACAUAUUUUUAAAAGUUUUAGGAUCCUUCCAAUUAAUAUUUCUUCCUCAUUGAACCACCUCUGGACAGGCAUUUCUCAUAUCCUAUCCCAGUCGUGCAAGCAAGUCGAUCAUGACGCGGUCGAAGCCAUUCAUUCAUAGCUUGCGCUUGCCGUGCAUAAUUUCAAGCUGCGUUGGCAACAAUAUCUUUUAAAAAAUGUCGCAUCAUAUUUUCAUUUUUCAUGGCUUGUACUCGAUCGAUUCCCAUUUCUAUCCACGACAUUCACCCUCUUCGCAUUCAAAUAUUCAAGUGUUUUCUAUGUUCCUCUGUCACUUCAUUGAUAAGAAAUUCAUCACAAAACUCCUGUCCUUUUCAUAUUUUCGUUUUUCAUGGGUACCGUACUCGAUCGAUUCCCAUUUCUAUCCACGACAUUCACCCUCUUCGCAUUCAAAUUUUCAGUUGUUUUCUAUGUUCCUCUGUCACUUCAUUAAUUAAAAAAUUCAUCACAAAUCUCACUGUCCUUUUCAUAUUUUCAUUUUUCAUGGCUUGUACUCGAUCGAUUCCCAUUUAUAUCCAAGACAUUCACCCUCUUCGCAUUCAAAUUUUCAGUUGUUUUCUAUGUUCCUCUGUCACUUCAUUAAUAAAAAAUUCAUCACAAAACUCACUGUCCUUUUAUAGCUGG